AUGGAAAAGGACGGUGAUUCGGCCGGGACGGCCAACAAGCCCGAGGAGGUGAAGACCACUGCGCCUCCGGUCGAGGAGAAGAAGCCGGUCGACGUUAUGGAGGAUGUCCCGGAUCCCGAUGAGGACGACCUGGACGACCUAGAUGACAUGCUCGACGACUUCGCGGCGGUGAACGUUGAACCCAAGAAGCCCGAACAGAAAAUUGCGCCUACUGCCGCUGGUCCUGGAAGACCUGCUGCUGUCGCAAGCGAGGCGGAUGACAAGACCCUGGAAGACAUGCUCUCCUCUGACGACUUUGCCAAGCAGCUCCAAGCUGGCAUGGCAGACCUGAUCGGGGAGCUGGAGAAAAACCCGGAAAUGCAAGCACAAUUCGACGACAUGUUUAAGCAGAUUAACGCAGCCGCACAAGAGGUAGACUCUGCUCCUCAACCACCAGCAUCAGCGACGGCAUCGGCGUCGGCGGCGCAGCAACCCAAACCAUCAACAUCCUCCGCGAGUAAACCAGCAGCAGCAGCAGCCGCCGCCGCCGCCGCCGCAGAUCCCAUCGCGGACGGCUCUUUCCAGGAGACGAUCAGGAAGACUAUGGAGCGCAUGCAGGCAUCCGGUGACCAGGCCACAGCUGCUGCCGCAGAAUCGUCUACCGAGGACUUCCUUGCGGAAAUGAUGAAGCAGCUUGGCGACGGCAACAUGGAUGGCGCGGGCAGCGAAGAAGAGUUCUCCAAGAUGCUCAUGGGCAUGAUGGAGCAGCUUACCAACAAAGAGAUCUUGUACGAGCCUAUGAAGGAGCUGAACGACAAGUUCCCUGAGUGGCUGGAGAAGAACCGCGAGAAGACCCCCGCAGAAGACCUGAAGCGUUAUGAGGAGCAGCAGGCUUUGGUAAAGGAGAUUGUCGCCAAGUUUGAGGAGAAGACAUACGCAGAUGGAAACGCGGCGGACAGAGAAUACAUCGUCGACCGGAUGCAGAAGAUGCAAGCCGCCGGAUCGCCACCUUCGGACUUGGUUGGAGAUAUGCCAUCAGCACAGGAAGCAUUCAACGCAGACGAGAGUUGUAAUCCGCAAUAA